AUGAAGUUGUUUGGACAGCGCUACUUGGGCUUUCGCGGCCUCAAGCUCAACAUUGCAAUUGGAAUUAUUGCAGGCAUUGAUUUUCUGCUGUUUGGCUAUGAUCAAGGCGUUAUGGGAGGGCUCCUGACCCUCCCGGCCUUUACCUCUGUCUUCCCAGAGAUCGAUACAACAAAGGAAGGCCUGCAAGGCCUGACUCAGAGCCAAGCCAACCACAAAUCUACCAUUCAAGGCAUCUCCAUCGGCUCUUACAACCUUGGCUGUUUUUGCGGGGCUAUUGCUUGCAUCUGGCUCGGUGACAUCCUUGGACGGCGCAAAACGAUCUUCCUAGGUUCCUCAAUCAUGGUUGUCGGCGCUAUCCUCCAAGCGACGGCCUUCAGUCUACCGCAUUUGAUUGUUGGACGAAUAAUCACCGGGAUAGGAAAUGGUUUGAAUACUUCAACAGUUCCAACAUGGCAAUCAGAGUGCUCAAAGUCACAUCGAAGGGGUCAGCUCGUCAUGGUCGAGGGUGCCUUAAUCACAGGCGGGAUUUGCAUCAGCUAUUGGAUCGACUUCGGGGCUUCCUUCAUCCAAAAUCAAGCGUCGUGGCGUUUCCCCAUCGCCUUCCAGAUUGUCUUCGCGCUAAUCAUCCUCUGUUUCAUCCUUGAGUUACCCGAAUCUCCAAGAUGGCUCAUCUUGAAAGGCAGAGAGGAAGAGGCGGUACAAGUCCUCGCUGCCCUUUCCGACAGAUCGACCCAAGACAAAUUUAUUCUUUCCGAAUUCGCAGCAAUCAAGGACACAGUGCUUGAGCAAGAGAAGGCAACGUUCCGUGAUCUGUUCACCAUGGACGAAAACCGUCAUCUCCACCGCGUUGCUCUCGCUUAUAUCAACCAAGUAAUGCAACAAGUGUCGGGAAUUAACUUGAUCACAUACUACGCUGCUACCAUCUAUCAGAACGAGAUCGGUCUUUCGCCUUUUAUUUCCCGCAUUCUGGCGGCUUGCAAUGGCACUGAGUACUUCCUAGCAUCGUGGAUCGCGGUCUUCAUAAUCGAGAAAGUUGGACGUCGAAAGCUCAUGCUGUUCGGCGCCGUGGGUCAGUCGGCCUCAAUGAUCGUCCUCGCGGUUAUGACCAAGAUUGGAGGCCAGGGCCCGGGGAUAGUCGCAGCCAUGUUCUUAUUCAUCUUCAACACUUUCUUUGCUGUCGGUUGGCUUGGAAUGACCUGGCUUUAUCCUUCAGAAAUUGUGCCAUUGCGCAUCCGCGCGCCUUCGUCAGCGACUUCUACGUCCGCUAACUGGAUUUUCAACUUUCUCGUGGUGAUGAUCACCCCGGUUAGCUUCAGCUCGAUCAAGUGGAAAACGUAUCUGGUCUUUGCGGUCAUUAAUGCGGCUAUGGUACCAGUCGUGUACGUCUUCUAUCCCGAAACUGCCUACCGCUCCCUUGAGGAAAUGGACACGAUAUUCCAUAAGACAAAGAACAUCUUCACGGUUGUAUGGACUGCCAAGCAUGAACCUCACCGCUAUGGAAAGCAUGGCGAAGUCUUGAUCGACUACGAGGAGACGGGUGAACACCGACGACGACUGAGCAGUGCAGCACGCCGAGGCAGCGCCAUCAGCACUCGGAGUCAGACUGAAUAUGUCUCGGAGAAAGGAACUCACCAUGAACACGAGUAA